AUGCCCCUAAUGCGAAACGCAGCAGGAUCAAACACUUUAGGGAGAAUGCUUUUCAAUCCAGACCAGCCACGAUUCGAUCAAUCGACGCUAUAUGGGCGUUUACGACAUUUUGCUGGUGUUACAAAUCCUUUUAUCGCCUUUACUUCUACUUCGGAACUUUUAAAGGCAAAGAGUCUCAUGGAUAAAUGCAGGGAAGGAAAAAGCGAAAAGUUGCCAGCUACACUUCCAGAACUUCAUCGUGCCCAACGAUUAUAUCAGUCAGCUUUUCAUCCAGAUACCGGUGAUUUGCAGAAUUUCGCAGGACGCAUGUGUUUUAACGUGUGGGGAGGAACGAUUCUCUGUGGAGCUAUGAUGAUUUGUUCGUUUAGACUUACGAAACAGGCUGUUGUAUUUUGGCAAUGGGCGAAUCAGUCUUUCAACGCGUUAGUGAACUAUACUAACAGGAAUGCUAAAAGUCCCAUGACUAAUCAGGACCUACUUGUCGCUUACACAACUGCUGUUGGCGGUGCUCUAGGUGUAGCCGUUGGACUAAAACAAUACUUUGCAAAACGACAAGUCAGCACUUUGGUGCAGAAAAUGGUUCCGCUGGUAGCUGUAGCGGUUGCAAACGCCAUCAAUAUUCCACUGAUGCGGCAGAAUGAACUCAAAAAUGGCAUGAAAGUAUCAGAUUCGGAUGGAAAUAUUGUAGGAACGUCUCGAUUAGCUGCGGCAAAGGCAAUCUCUCUUGUAGUGCUAUGUAGAAAUAUCAUUGUUGCUCCAUGCAUGAUUCUAACUCCAGUCAUUGUGGAACGCUUGUGUAAACUGGCAUAUUUUCAAAAGAACUUUAACAAACUGAACAUUCCCACCCAACUAGUCCUCACAUUCGUCUUAUACGGUCUUAUGGUACCAGUCGGCUGUGGGCUGUUCCCGCAACAGAAGUGAGU